AUGUCGGUCAGAUUGCUGUCAGACAAGGCCCAUGGACAUGAACAUGGACAUGAACAUAGUCACAGUAAAAUGGAACUUCCAGAUUAUAAACAAUGGAAGAUAGAAGGGACACCGUUAGAAAUCGUACAGGAGAAGCUGGCUGCACGAGGGCUAAGGGAUCCAUGGGCCCACAAUGAAGCCUGGAGAUACAUGCGUGGCUUUGCAAACAAUGUUUCCUUUGUUGGUGCAAUAUUGAAAGGAUUCAAAUGGGGAUUUGCUGCAUUUGUGGUAGCUGUAGGGGCUGAAUAUUACCUGGGGUCCCAGAAUAAAGACAACAAGCAUCACUGAAGAUAAUAUCUGGAAGUACCUUAGUGGCUUCUUAAUUCUCAUAAAAACAAGAUUUCUUUACUGUAGCCUACUCAUCUACGUGUUUGUCCAUUAAAGAAUAUUAGUAAGAUUUAAUAAAGAAUACAUAUGCCAAAAAAAA